UUUAAAAUCAUUCUGUUAAAAUUCACUUGGGAAGGGGUGUGUAUGCGCUUCAUGAUAUAUAUCUGACAAGAAUUCUAUAAUAUGCAACGAAUUUCAGUUGCUGUGAGUGGUGACUUACUGGACAGCCAUAGGAGAAUGGCAGAAGCUGUAGCUCAAGUCGCAAGAAAAGCCAGAGAUGCCGUCGACAAUGAAAGCGAUACCCUUGAUCUUGCCAAUUGCUUAUUAAACAGCUUCCCAGAGGGACUUUGCCAUCUAAUGAGAACUGUUGCUGAGAAGAUCUGUAUUGUAAUUCUGGCUAACAAUGCUCUAAAGUCCCUCACCCGAAAGUUCAUCACCACUUUUACCCAGCUAAGAGAACUGAAUUUGGAAGGGAACUACUUCCGUCAUCUUCCUGAAGACAUUGUGACACUUGAGCACUUGACAAAUAUCAACUUGGCAAGGAACAAAUUUAAAGAAUUCCCAGAUCAGCUAACACACCUGCAGUCCCUAGAAACAAUCAACCUAGAAGCAAAUGAGAUUGUAGAGUUGCCAAUUGAAAAACUCAUUUUGAUGCCAUCUCUGAAGCACUUGAACCUGAAAGGAAACCCCAUUAACAAAGAUGACCUAGUUCUCCCUUCUCCCGCGAUUAAGUUCGAACUCAUCAUUAGUGAAGACCAAGAACAAACUGAUGCUACAGUACAUUUAUGAUGCUGUACUUGGGCAUCUGUCUCAGUGUAACCUAAGAAAAAUGCCUUCAGACCACUAAGUGUCAGAGUUCAAGUAACGGAGUAGAAACUAAGGUGAUGCUAUAUCCAGUGACUGCUGAUAGAAGACAGUAACAGUAACCUCAUCAUGGGCUCGCUUAUUGGCAGGACAUUGGAUGAAAUUAUCUUUCACUUUAUAGUGGUUCACCUCUAAAGAUGUUUUAUCAGAAGAAAUAAAAUGCAUUUGGAAUUUA